AUGAGCAACAAUAUCAAUGAAAUAAUUCUCUAUAAUAUCUUGUACCUUGAGAGAUCUCAAAAGAGUAGUAAAUCUAGCUCAAGCAAAAACUACCUCAAUAAGUGGUUUUAAGAUAAUGCUAAAACUUAUAUCAUGAGAAAGUUAGCAGCUCCACUCCUUUUAAAAGCCUUAAACUUAAAAAAAACUGAAGAUGUAUAAAACUUAGUGAAAUAAAAUAAAAUUAAAAAUGUUCCUGAAUAUAUUGGAGUUAUUGUAAAAUACUUUGAUCUAAUAAUCUCACAUAACUUGGAAUAGUAAUUUUCAAAAAAUUUGUUUUCAUGUAUUUUCAGUUUUCCUCAAUUGAUUAGCUAAGACCAGUUAGACGAUUACAGUGUCUUAAAGAAAAUCAGAAAUAGCUUUGUAUGUGUCCUUGUUUAAACAUUUUUCAAUUAUUACCUAGAAGAUAAAAUGAAUAUUUAUAAUUGUCAGAACUUUUUCUAGAUAUGGAAUAUAACAUUCCCUCAAAACUAAAUUAUGUAGAGAAGAAGAAACCAAUAUUAGAUGGGAAAAAGCCAUUAAAAAUAAAUUAAAUAGGAAGAACAGAUGAUUUAUACAGGAUUUAACUCAUCUGAAAAUACGCAUUAAAUAAAAAAUUUUUAAAAUGAAGAAAGCUUCAAUCCUAAAGAAGAAAUGAGCGAAAAUAUUUUAUCUAAUAAUGAAUUUUAAUAAACUCACUAAAUUUAAUAAUAAAAUAUUUCUUUGCAACAAAAUCAAUAAAAUACAAAUUAAUAUGAGUUUCCUUUGAUAGAUAACAACCUUUUAGAAGUAAAUCAAUAAAAUAAUGAAUACUUGAAUUAAGAAAUUGAAAUGAUGGAACACAAUUAUUGCUUUUUGGAUAAUUAAUUCUUUCCUUAUGAAUAAGAUUAAUAUCAAUAAGAAUAAUACAAAUAGAUAAGUAAUUAUCAUUACUAAAACUAAUAUUGCAAUAAAUAGCAACAAUAAUAGUAAUAAUACUAAUAAUAACAGUAUUAAUAAAAUGACAUUUUUUCUCUAUAUGAACCAUAAGAUUUUUUCAACUUUAUUGAUAAUAAUUGA